AUGGCUAGAACAGCCCAAAAUGGACGUCCCAAUCCAAGUCCUUACCAAUGGCGCCAGCGAGAGUACUCGGAUCAUCAAGGCAACCCUGUCAUUCGCGGCAAAGUAUCGAGAGCGCAGUCGUUUGACGCGCCAGAAGGGAAGGAGAAAUAUACAAUUCAAAUCUACAGCAAAACUCCGAUUCAACCUGCGGACUUCGAAAGCCUUUAUGAAUACCUCUCCCCUUCAUCAGACGACUGCAUAUUCAUAGAGCUCUACACAUCUACUCAAAACGAUGCCUUUGCCUGCGUUGAGUACCAACGCCGCGAGAUCGCUCACCGCAAGCGUCUGUAUGCGUAUUCCGAGCAGCCAUCAAACUUUUUCCCUCCAUUGAUUCCAACCUUCAAUCCCAAUGCAUCGUCUAGUGGGCAUGUGGACGACCCCGAGCCCAACUACGACACGGGUACUUGUCUUCUCUUGACCUCGGACAGCUACCGUGCUGGCGGGGACCGGGAGAAAAGAAACCAACUGGGAACAGGUCCACUUUUCAUCCAUUUCACUCGUAGAUUUCCCAGCCAAGUACAAGAGAUUGAUUUGGUUGACCGCGUUGACUUUGACGAACUAGAUGAUCUACCGUCUUUUGCUGAAUAUGGGACUGAAGUGCUUCCCGAAGCUAUUGAUAUUGAUGUCAAAUUCUAUAAAGAUCAACGCGAGAUGUAUCAAUAUAUACAAGCAACGCUUAGCAGAUUACAGACGCAGAGGACGGGGGAUGAUGAAUGGGAACUAGACUAUAGAAUCGACGACCCGGUUUCCGAGCAAACUACCUGGGAUUCUCAACAAGUCAAGAGGAUUCUAGACGAGCAACGUUCCGAAGCCCUUAGAUCCGUGAGUGCCGACACUUUAUCCGUGACCCAAAGUCCCAAGGAUAUAGGAAUUACGGUCAAAAACCACUCCUCCGAAGAAAGCGAUCUCCAAUAUAUGAUCUUCGUUCAAUUCCUCGCGGAAAUUCCAGACCCAGAACUGUUAGAAAUCACAGGCCGCCUAUUCACAGCACAUAUCCUUUCCAUGCUUGACUCGGAGAAGACCGUUCGGUUUGACUUCAGAACCUCUGGUGCAAGCUUAUCCUCUAUACUACCAUUCCCCAAAAAUAUCACCGUGGGUGCCUUGUAUAGCUCGGAAACCGGAACAAAGCGCCGAAUCGCACCCUUGGAGCCGCAUGACGUUGGAGAACUUCCCUCUGUUAUAUGCGAGGAAUUUGCUGUGGUCCUCGACAGGCCGGCAUUUAUUACAGAGCCGGGUGUGCUUUUCUUCAUGAACAACAUCCGGCCAGGUCACGAUCACAACAGCCAUCGACAUCGUACGAUCGCUCAAGUUCGACGCAGUGCUGGGAUGCCGGAGGUUGCAAGGAGGCUGGCUAUGCUUGCGUUAGAGGAGAACCGUGGGUUGAAUCCUAAGAGAAAAGUCACAAAAGAGGAAUGUAUGUCUCUCUUAGGCCUUACUCUGGAGCAGUACCAGUCUGCGUUGUUUGGGCCAUCACGAUGGUGA